AUUCGAGAUUGGCCUAUGGAUCUGGUGAAACACGAAUAUCGUGUCAUUAUUUAUAUAACUUGUAGAUGCACGAGUUCUUCGAAAAAUAUACAUGAAAAGUGACCGUAAAUAGCAACUCAUCAUCAAUGCCAAAAAAAAAACUCGCCUACAAUUACAAACCGCGAAUAUUUGGUCGAUUUCUCUAAUUGUUGUGGACGCCAUGACUUCGACAGUACGAAUUAGAGCAUAGAUAUUAAACGCGUCAUCAGAUGUACUAGUUACCAGGAUGCCCAACUUUUCGGAAGAAGGAAUACAAGGAAGAAAGGAGAUCAACUUUAGAAGGUAAAACAUUUCGGAUGCGGUUACCAAAGACAGGAGCAGCAAUGAACAAGACGAAUGUUUCUGCUAACAUCGAUUGGGAAUUGAUUCCUGUUACAUGGGAAUGGUGGGUCAUCGUUCAACUCGCACUUUCCGUCAUCGGCAUCGUCGGAAACAUUCUCGUCAUCAUUGUCGUAAUCAACCGUGGGAAAACUAGAUUCGCAACCGAUGUUCUCAUCGGAAACCUGGCAUUUGCCGACUUCUUGACCUCUUUGUGGAUGAUACCCCGACCCCAGAGUGAUUUGGUACCGGAUAACUGGAAAGGAAUGCUAUACUGCCGGAUCGAGUAUUCAAAUGUCUUCAUGUGGAUAUCCACAGUUGCCUCGGUGUUUAUACUCACGGUUAUAUCCGUGGAGCGGUUAGUUGCUGUCAAGUAUCCGCUUAAAUUCAAGUUGAUUUUCACAAUAAAGCGGUCUCUUUGCCUGGUUGGUUUAUCAUGGAUUGGAGCCGCCAUAUUGAAUAUUAACACUUUGGCCAUUUCUACAUACGAUAGUGAAAACCACGCUUGCAAGACCGAAUUACUAGAUCAUGCAGUGCACAUGACUAUAGGUGUUCUGUUAUUCAUGUUCAAAUACAUAAUACCAAUCGCUAUCAUCGUUGGCAGCUACGUUAAGAUAAUCCAAAUACUUCGCUCUGAAGCGCGUACUUUUCAAGCUGACGGACGCACUGCGUUCCAUCCCGCACGGCGAAUAUCAAAGACAAUGCGCAGAAUGACGCGCACUGUACUAAUCGUCGUCAUAGUAUUUAUCAUCUGUUGGUCUCCGGAUCAAAUAUGUUACUUUCUCUUCAAUCUCGACCUUUAUCCGACGUACAUGUACUCGGAUAUUUCCCGGGUACUCGUCUGCAUCGGAUUCGUCAAUUCUUGUUCGAAUCCACUGAUCUAUUCCGUCAGAAACAAGAAAUUUCGAACAGAAUUAUCCCAUUUUCUGUGUAUUCCAGCGUCGGAUAGCAAACUCCCCUCACAUGUGACUCGUUCUGUGGUUAAGUCAGGGGGUAUAAAAAUGAUUUCAGGCCAAGUUCCCAAGUAAUGUUUCAUCUAUUUUUGUUAUUUCUAUGACGAAAGCCUUAGAAGUGAACAGGCUGGAUUUAGGAAGGGAAGAGGAACAGCAGAACAAAUAUUCAUUCAUCGUAAUAUAAUUGAACAAGUCAACGAAUGGCAAGCAACAUUAUAUACCUCAAUUUCAUUUAUUUCGAAAAAGCAUUCGACUCCGUGCACAGAGACAGCCUAUGGAGUAUAAUGAGAAUGUAUGGUGUACCAGAAAAGUUAACCAACCUUGUGAAAGCUUUUUACGAUGACUUCAAAUGUGCAGUGAUACAUCAAGGGGAAACAUCAGAAUGGUUUGACAUCAAAACAGGAGUAAAACAAGGGUGCAAUAUAUAGUAUGUCCGGGUUCUUGUUUCUCAUGGUGGUUGAUUGGGUCAUGUGAAGGACAGUACAAUGCGGUGAAAUUAGGAAUUAGAUGGAAAUUCACAUCAAAGUUAGAUGACCUGGAUUUGGCAGAUGAUUUGGCCCUAAUAGUAUCCACACAACAACAUAUCCAAUUGAAAACAGACAGGUUAUGUAGAGAAGCCCAACGAGUUGGCCUAAAAGUAAAUUUGCAGAAGACAAAAGUAAUGAGAAAUAAAUGCAGGAAAUGUUGACAGAAUUCACAUCAAUGGAGAAGAAAUCGAAUAUAAUAAUAAUAAUAGGCAUUUAUAUAGCGCCAUCGAUCUAGAAGUAUUCUAUUCCGAGGCGCACAAGAAAAGAAAGAAUGAGAGAGUUCGGAUGAGUGUCAAUUUGCCAAUAACCAAUACUGUUAAAAAUACAAGACUCCAGUUUAGAUUUGAAGGUCUCCAAGAUGUCGACAAAUUUGUGUAUCUGGGUGCAACAUUAACACAAUCAGGCGGAGGAAUGGGCUGCAUGGGCGGCAUGGAAAGCAGAAUUUCAAAAGGGAGAAAUGCAUACAGGCAGCUUAACAAAAUAUGGAACAGUAACAAAUUCAAGAGAACAACAUAACUCAGGUUUUACAAAACACUGGUAAAUUCGGUGAUAUUAUAUGGAUCUGAAACAUGGAAAAUGACAGAAGAGGACGAAAGGAAACUCAAUACUUUUCAGACGAAGUGUUUAAGAAGAAUAAUGAAGAUAAAAUGGCAAGAACACAUAAGUAAUGAAGAGCUCUUAGACAAGACCAAAAUGGAGAAACUGAGCACGACAAUAAUGAGGAGAAGAUGGAAGUUUAUUAGGCACACACUAAGGUGGGAACCUGCAAGCAUCUGCAACAUAGCAUUGACCUGGGCACCAGAAGGGAAAAAGAAAAUGGGGCAGGCCCAAAACAACUUGGCAGCGAACAGUAG